AUGUCUUCCCCUAAAGAUCCUAUCACCGUAGCCUACUAUCCAGAGCUUGCAAAGAUCAUCAACAAUGACCCCACAGCUAUCGAGCGCCUAGAGAUCGAAUGUGGCGUGUGUCAGGACAAGAUGAGCAACCCGGAGGACAAGACUUGCAGUGCUAUCAUUUUACCCUGCGGUCAUAUGUUCUGUCCCCCUUGUGUCCGGGAGUUUAGACAGUACAACAUAUCAAACGAUGUCCCUUCCAGAUGUCCUGUCUGUCGCUUUGAUCUUAAAAGCAAAGUCUGCGGGUGUCCGGACGACAAAGAUACGUUAUUCGAUCCCACACAGAACCAAGAUGAGGACCUGUUGGCUAGACUUCAGGAGCAAAUCUCUCGCCGAAAGGGCACUUGCGUCUGGUGUCAAAUGACUACUCUGGCCCGCGGUUUGAGAUGUAUUACUCUCUACUUAUAUGAUCCCGUACCGAUCAUCAAAGCCGGACUUAUGUUGCGAGUUACUGUUGAGAAACGAGAUGAAAAGGAGAUCAGAGUCGAAACUGACAAGAGCGAAGUGAUCAAGCAGUUGCCUAUAUCGCCGGAGCUUAUGGAACUGUUUACGAUUGCGAGUGAGAGCCUCGACACGGCGUGGUAUGGGCCUCGUGCUCCAGGGGAAGAAUCAUGCCCGUUUAAUUUUGAACUUGCUCUCUGUAAGCGAUUUCCGGAGGAUCACGAGUAUUGGCCCCAUCGAAGAGGACAACUGGAGAGUUCCAGGUAUGAAUGGUCGGAGUAUGAAAAUCUUGAUAGACUUGCCCAUGCUCUUGGGGAUGCAGUAAAGCUAUCCGAGGCGUUCACCAGUGAUGUGGCUUACAAGAAUUACAAGGAAAAGGUGAGAGACGACGAACGUCAGGACUAUAUGUAUUUUGUAUGUUGGGACGUGGUACGACGUAUAGACCUGGCCCAGGAUAUCGAAGAACACCAUAGUGACACAGAUGACCAGGAUACUCAGGAUAACGAGAAUGGGAGACUCUACGCCGUGGCUGCUAUCCAAGUUAUUGGUGGGCUUUUGGACAGUGUUCACCAAUUCCGUGCGUUUCUUGCUAGGCACAUUUGUUGA